AUGAGCAGUCUUCUGACCUCGCGGCAAGCCGAGGAGCUGUACGCUCUCACCAUUCCAACAUCUUCUACUUUGCGCAUGUUGCUAACGCUCGUCCACAGGCACAAGUCCCUCAUUGCCUAUCUACUCUCCACCGGCCACGCCAACAGCGCACAAACAUUGCGAGAGGAGUUGAACCUCCCCGAAAGCGACUUCGACGCCGCGACUGCCAAAAAGUACGAGGGUCUAAUUGAGAAGAAAUGGACCAGUGUGGUAAGGCUCCAGAAGAAGAUCAUGGACCUUGAGUCCAGAUCGCAGCAACUACAGACAGAGCUGGACAAUGCGACACCCUCGUCGCUAGCCGCACGAAAGAACCACGAUCCGAACACAUGGCUGCCACGAGCACCAGCGAGACACACGUUGCAGUCCCACCGCCAGCCGAUUACCUGCGUCGCGUUCCACCCGCUCUUCUCCAGCUUGGCUUCCGGGAGCGAGGAUUGCACUGUCAAGAUUUGGGACUAUGAGCUAGGCGAGCUGGAGCGGACACUCAAGUCGCACACCAAGGCUGUGCUCGACGUUGACUUUGGUGGGCCGAGAGGUAACACGCUCCUGGCGAGCUGCAGCUCCGACUUGACUAUCAAGCUGUGGGAUCCUGCGGAGGAGUACAAAAACAUCAGGACGCUUCCCGGUCACGACCACAGCGUGAGCUCAGUGCGCUUCAUUCCAUCGGGUGCGGCUGGUGCUCCACUAUCUGGCAAUCUUCUCGCUUCUGCCAGCAGAGACAAAACGAUUCGGAUAUGGGACGUCACCACCGGCUAUUGCUUGCGGACACUUCGCGGGCACGGCGACUGGGUCAGGUCUCUAUCGCCAACCUUUGAUGGUCGAUGGCUGCUUUCAACUUCGUCCGAUCAAACGAGCCGCAUGUGGGACCUCUCACAGCCGGACUCAAACGCCCAGAAGCAGACCUUCCUCGCCCACGAGCACGUUGUCGAGUGCUGCGCAUUCGCACCUCCAUCUGCAUAUCAACAUCUCGCCGGUCUGGCUGGGCUCAAGAAGCCGCCGUCCGCAAGCAGUAGCGCAGAAUACCUUGCGACUGGAGGCAGAGACAAGCUGAUCAAAUUGCACUCCGCCAAUGGAGUGACCAUCAAGACGUUGACUGGCCACGACAACUGGAUUCGUAGUCUUGUAUUCCAUCCAGGCGGCAAAUACUUACUUUCAUGCAGCGAUGACAAAACCCUUCGAUGCUGGGAUCUUGCCCAAGAAGGCAAGUGCGUGCGCGUAAUCGAAGCGGCCGAUCACUUUGUCAGUUGCUUGCGUUGGGCUCCAAGCCUUUACAAAGAGGCAGAUCCAAACGGGACAGACAUCACGAAGACGAAUGGUGCUACCAAUGGUGAGAGCGCCAAGGAGCAGAUUAGGUGCUUGAUUGCGUGCGGAAGUGUGGAUUUGAACGUAAGAGUUUUCAGUGCUUAA